AUGGUUUCCCUUACCAGCUUUGACAUUCUGACACUCGAUCCUCAAGCACCGAUAUGGAACUUUGUAUCCAUGGUUGGACUCAAUCCUCCCUUGUGCCCGAUACGCCACAACCCAGCGUCGGCAAAAUUUGUGACUACUGUACAACCGAAAAAUACCACAAAACAUCCAACAACAUGGCCUGCGGAUGCGGAAAUAACUCCUGCCCCUGUGACGGUCCACAGUCGUGUACUUGUUCAUCUAGCGGUGGUAGUAGCUGCGGUUGCACAACAUGCAAAUGAGGGGAACCAGCAGAGUAAUUAA